CCACGAAGGGACGUGCGAGAAACACGAGGCCCGAAAAGUCGCGAAAUUCGACCAAAAAUGCAACCAACUAAAGUGUGAAUCUCCAGAAGUAAUGCUCUAUGAGUGCCGUACACGACCGGGAUGCUAUUCGAGUCAAAGCUCUGCUUGAAGACUCCAAAGGUAAAGAACUGAGAUGCUUUGCUGUCGAUCCAAAUAUUACUUCCUUUGCUAACUUGCACCAGCUUCUUACCCGGGCUUUUCAGUUGAAUGGGGAGUUUGAGAUUUCCUACCAGCUUCCUCAGUGCUUGCAGACAGGCAAAAGACCAGAUGUGUUCAUCUCUUUGACAUCAGACUUUGAUUUGGAUGCUGCAUUCUUAAGUGCAUCCCUCCCUUAUCUGUCACUGAAGGUUGAGCCUAUCCAAACUCCAGAUGAAGAUAGUUGCUAUGACUGGUCGAUUGUGGACCUCGUUGAGGCUCCCCUAUCCAAGAAUGUCCGGGCCUCCAAGAUACCACCUGCUGUACCUUUCCACAUUUCCAUUAAGCACCAAAUGGAGAAAACCUUCCAGAAAGUUACUAAAGCUUUCUUUGACACCUCCAAAAAAGGACCCUUGACAAAACUGGAAUGGCCUGCAUUUCUGGACUGUGAAGGGAGACUGAUCUGGAGAGAGGAAUUUUUUUCUAGAAUUUUCCAGUGUGGCAGUGAGCCAUCAUUACGGAAAGAAGUCUGGGCUCACUUGUUGCAUGUAUUUCCACCAGACUUGACACAAGAUGAGCGAGAGAAGUUCCUGCUGAUGAAGGCACGAGUGUACUGGCACCUGCGGUCAGACUGGAUGGCAAGAGAUCCCCUGGACAUAGAGAGUGUCAGUCACAUGGUGCAAAAAGAUGUUGUGAGGACAGAUAGGGUGCAUCCAUACUUUGAUGUCCCUGAUGAUCAUCCCCAUAUAAGAUCCUUAUUUAAUAUAUUAGUAACUUAUGCCCUGGCGAACCCAGAUGUCUCCUAUGUCCAAGGAAUGAGUGACCUUGCAUCACCAAUUCUAGUUGUCAUGAAUGAUGAGGCUCUGGCCUAUACUUGUUUCUGUGCAUUGAUGGCCCGCAUGAAGUCUCAUUUUCUCCUGGACAGCAGAACUGUGACUCAGAAGUUUGAUCACCUCUCCAUGCUUCUGCAAAAGACAGAUCCACAGUAUUACAAAUACUUGGUGGACAUUGGUGCUGAUGAUAUGUUCUUUUGCUAUCGUUGGUUGCUGCUGGACCUUAAGAGGGAGUUUCCAUUUGAAGAUGUGUUGAACCUUAUGGAGGUAAUCUGGAGCACAGUGACUUUACCUGGGUCCCCAGGGUCUUCUUCGCAAACAUACAAUUCAGCAGUCAAAGCAAAGGUUGCUACUGAAAAUUUCUUCAAUCAGCCAGAAGAGACAGUUUCACCUGAUUCUGGUGUUGAAGCAGAGGAAUCUGACUGUAGUGAUGACUCCUUCUCCUUUAUAAGUAGUAAAGAGAGUUUAGUUUCUUCAGAGACAAGUUUGGUUCAACUGCCAGGCCCCUACGAGCUGGGUGAUGGGAAUCCCUUUGUUUUGUUCAUGACCUUAGCUAUGCUGCUUAUUCACAAGGACAACUGUCUUCAGAAACAAAUGGACUACAACACACUUGCAAUGUAUUUUGACAAGAUGCUCCGAAAACAUGACCUUGGAAAAACCCUUUGUAAGGCCAGGACACUCUAUCUGGAGUACCUUGAAGUUUUUGAAGGACAAGAGAAGAAUGAGGAGAUAGAGCUAGCACAAGAGGCAGCUGUAGGGAGAGCUAGAUGGCACGACGACCCUCAGUCAAAGAUCAACACAAAGAUGGGUCAGUUUGUUGAAUGCUAGGAACACCAGGUACAGCAGCUAUAAUGACUACCCCUGAUUAUCCAUCCCAUCAAAGAAGGGACAGUUUGUAGAAAACUAGGAAAAUUUAGGUAGUGUGACAUUCAACAUUCAAAGAAGAGAAAGGUUAUAGAAUUCUAGAAUGUAUAUAUACUAAUGGUAUAUUGCUUUGACUACCACAGAGUUUUAAAAUAUACUUAUUUUAGAAACCUGCAAGUAAGAACCUAAAAUGUAACAACCUGUUAGCCCGUUUAUCAUAAACCAUAACCUAUUUAGCUUGAAUAACGAAAAACAGGUUCUUUUUUUAGAAACAAUAGAUUAUUUUUGUAGAACUGGGCUGGGUUCUUAGAAAGCAGGUUAACACUAACCCAGAGAUGAAUGGCCUUUUUAUCCAUCCCUGGGUUAGUGAUAACCUGCUUUCUGGGAACCCGGCCCUAGACUAGAGUUGUGUUACUGUAGGUGAAAGAAAGCGGACAAAUGAUGCCCAAAUUGCACAAUAAAAAGAAAAUGUGCAACUAUUGUUAGCAGGAGAAGAGAGGGCAUUGACUAAAAAUAAAGAUGGUUUACUUAUUAACUUUCUAGAUUUUUUUCUUAUAGAAAUAAGAACAGAAUUAAAAAAUCACUAUAUUUCGUCUAACUAAGAAAAAGAGGUUUUUUCUUGCAGGUUUUUAAUUUUUCAAAUAUGAGAGAAAUCCUCUGAACUGUCAACUAUACAUCCUUUCACUUAUGAUGGUUGACAAAGGAUUAUUCCUGAUAUAUUUUUCAUGAAACUAUAAGAAAAAAAAUGAAGAGUAUAGUAUUUUAUAAUGUUUAUAUUAUAUUAAGUACAAAAAUCCUACGCAUUCUAUAUUUGGCCUAGUAUAAUUAAUAUUUAUAUACAUAUAUAUGUGCAUGGUGUAGAGUUUUUAGGGUGAUUUGUGAAUAAAGCAAAGUGAUAGAC